AGUGUUAAGAGAUCACUGAAAUUGGAUCAUCUGUUAGAAGCAAAUUCAUUUGAUUCUUCAAAAAUCACAAGGAAGAAAAGUAUUACAACUUAUUCUCCAACAACUGGAACUUGUCAGAUGAGCCCAUUUGCUUCUCCUGCAAGCUCUAAAGAACAAGAGCACAAAAAUGAACCAUCAAAUGGAAAAAGGAAAAAAUUGAGUUACCUCAGUUUAACCAAAAGGAAGGAAUCUACAACAAAAGACAAUGAUGAAUUCAUGGUGUUGCUAUCUAAAGUGGAGAAAUCAUCAGAAGAAAUCAUAGAAAUAAUGCAAAACUUAAGCAGUAUACAGGCUUUGGAGGGCAGUAGAGAGCUUGAAAAUCUCCUUGGUAUCUCCCGUGCAUCAUGUUUCUUACCAAGAGAAAUGAAGAAAACAAAAGAACUAAUGAAAAAAGUAACAGAACAAAAACUGUUUGAAAAGAAGAGUUCAGGACUUCCCAACAAAGAAUUAUAUCAUCUUGACAGCUAUGAAUUCCUUAAAGGCAUUUUAAACUGAGGCAUUUAAAAGAAAUGCACUUACUGUGAACACCAACUUCUUCUGCAUCUGCCUGAUCGUAUUUAAAGGAACAGAGGAAAUGUUUGUAAUUAAUCUGCCCAGUAAAUACCAGAUCAUAGCACUAGGCAGGUGCAUGUCUAGAUAAAAUUUCUUGCAGCUAAUUUAAACUUUCUACAUACACCAGUAGAUAAUCUCAAUGUAAAUAAUACAUUUCUUCUCGACCCUUUAAUGUAAGCCAACAUGUAGAAGAGGAUAUUAACUUCUAUUCUGUAUCACAUACAUUUCUGUAUCCUUUUAGCAUUUGUGGACAGAUUUAAAGCAUUUAUGAAGAUGGCA